CAGAAGCCAAUCCGCCAUGGCCGACGAGGCGAAGGCGAAGGGCAACGCGGCCUUCGCGGCGGGCCGCUUCGAGGAGGCGGCGGGCCACUUCGGCGCCGCCAUCGCGCUCGCGCCGGACAACCACGUCCUCUACUCCAACCGCUCCGCCGCCUACGCCUCCCUCGGCCGUUUCACGGACGCGCUCGCCGACGCCGAGCGCACCGUCGCGCUCCGGCCCGACUGGGCCAAGGGCUACUCCCGCCUGGGCGCCGCGCGCCUCGGCCUCGCGGACGCCGCGGGCGCCGUCGAGGCCUACGAGAAGGGGCUCGCCCUCGACCCCUCCAACGCCGCCCUCACGGACGGGCUCGCCCAGGCCCGCCUCGCCCUCCCGCGCGCCCGCGGCGGCGACGCCAUCGGCAAGGUGUUCCAGGGCCCCGACCUCUGGACCAAGAUCGCCGCCGACCCCGCCACGCGCGCCUACCUCGACCAGCCCGACUUCACCCAGAUGCUGCGGGAGGUGCAGCGGGACCCCGGCAGCCUCAACAGCUACCUCUCCGACCCCCGCAUGGUGCAGGUGCUCAGCCUCUUGCUCAACAUCAGGUUCCAGAACCAGAACGGUAAUGAGGCCCCCGAGCCGGCGCCCUCGCCGCCGGCUCAGUCGACCCCGCCGACGCCGCCGUCUCCAACGCAGCAGCCCGAGAACAAGCCGAGGGAGCCCGAGCCCGAGCCGGUUGAGAUGACCGAUGAGGAGAAGGAGCGCAAGGAGAAGAAGGCCGCGGCGCACAAGGAGAAGGAGGCGGGGAACGCCGCUUACAAGAAGAAGGAUUUCGAGACGGCCAUCCAGCACUACACCAAAGCCAUGGAGCUCGACGACCAGGACAUCUCCUAUCUCACAAACCGCGCCGCCGUUUACCUCGAGAUGGGGCAGUAUGAUGAGUGCAUCAAGGAUUGUGAUGUGGCUGUUGAGAGGGGGAGGGAGCUUCGUGCAGACUUCAAGAUGAUCUCGAGGGCACUGACAAGGAAAGGAACUGCUCUCGCGAAACUCGCCAAGUCUUCCAAAGACUAUGAUGUCGCCAUUGAGACUUUCCAGAAGGCUCUAACUGAGCAUCGAAACCCAGAUACUCUGAAAAGACUAAAUGAUGCCGAACGAGCAAAGAAGGAGCUCGAGCAACAAGAGUACUAUGAUCCAAAAUUAGCUGAUGAGGAGCGAGAGAAAGGUAAUGAAUUCUUUAAGCAGCAAAAAUACCCGGAAGCAGUGAAGCAUUACACUGAAGCGCUCAGGAGAAACCCAAAGGAUCCAAAGGUAUACAGCAACAGGGCUGCCUGCUACACCAAGCUGGGUGCUAUGCCUGAAGGUCUCAAGGAUGCUGAGAAGUGCAUCGAGCUAGAUCCUGCAUUCUCCAAGGGUUACACUAGGAAAGGUGCAAUCCAAUUUUUCAUGAAAGAAUAUGACAAAGCAAUGGAAACUUAUCAGGAAGGUCUAAAGCAUGAUCCGAGUAACCAAGAGUUGCUUGACGGUGUAAAGAGAUGUAUUCAACAGAUCAACAAGGCCAACAGAGGCGAACUUACGCCAGAGGAAUUGAAAGAGAGACAGGGCAAAGCUAUGCAGGACCCUGAAAUCCAGAACAUCCUGACAGACCCUGUCAUGCGGCAGGUGUUGAUCGAUUUACAGGAGAAUCCAAGGUCAUCUCAGGAGCACCUCAAGAACCCAGGAGUGAAGCAAAAGAUCCAGAAGCUAGUGAAUGCAGGGAUAGUCCAAAUGAAGUAGACCAAGCUGGAGGUGUGGGAGGCUUAGUUAGUUUGAUUGUGGAAAAAUGUGGAAGGCUUAGUUAGUUUGAUUGUGCAAAAAUUGCUGUGGUGUUUUCGUGUAUCCUGGGGGUAUUUCCCUCCAGAUUUGAGUUUGUGUAAUGGUACGUUUCGUGGUGGUUCUUAAAUGGCUUACAUGUGAUGUG